CGCAGGUGCGGGGCGGGGCAGUUGGAGCUCCACCCAAUGGGAAGCUCCCUGCAUAGACUUGCAUCGAAUGAGCUAGAAGGCAUCCAUGGCCCUCUUCUUCCCCACCAAAGAUCGCCUGGGGCGACUCUCUCAUAUUUCAUCGUCUAGUAACUUUGACUCCUUGAUACCACAGACUCAUUGUUCAGAUCAGAACUGUUCUUUAACAGCUAUAACCCUCAGAUUCUGUUAAUUCACACACGAAAUGGCUUCCGCGGACGAGCUUAAGGCUCUAGGUAACAAGGCCAUUGCCGAGAAGAACUUCGACGAGGCUGUGUAGGUUACCACCAGUAACAAUACCACAACGGAACAUCGGGGUUGCUAACUAUGACAUAGCGCAAAGUUCACCGAGGCUAUUGCCAUUCAGCCCGAUAACCACAUUCUAUACAGCAACCGAUCUGCUGCUUACGCUUCAAAGAAGGAUUGGGAACAUGCUCUGAAGGAUGCCGAGAAGACCACCGAGAUCAAGCCUGACUGGGCCAAGGGUUGGGGACGUAAGGGUGCUGCUUUGCACGGACAAGGCGACCUUCUAGGUGCUAAUGAUGCGUAUGAGGAGGGAUUGAAGCAUGAUGCCAACAACGCCCAGCUCAAGAGUGGUCUGGCUUCAGUCAAGAAGGCCAUGGAGGCCGAAGUUGGAGGACCUCAAGAUCCCAGCGGUGGCCUCGGCCAAAUGUUCAACGACCCUCAGUUGAUUCAGAAGCUCGCCUCAAACCCCAAGACGAGCGGUUUCCUCGCCGACCCCUCAUUCAUGGCCAAGCUCCAAUCGAUCAAGGACAACCCUUCAAAUGCUUCUGAGAUCUUCAGCGACCCCCGUUUGUUGACAGUCAUGGGUGUGUUGAUGGGUGUUGAUUUGGAGAUGCGCGAGCGCGAAGUCGACCCCAACGCUGAAUCUCAGGACUCUCCCAUGCCCGAUGCCCCACCAGCUCCCAAGCAGCCCGAGCCCAAGAAGGCCCCUGAGCCUGAACCCGAGCCCGAGCUGGAUGAGGAGGCUCUCGAGAAGAAGAAAAAGAAGGAGGAGGCCGAUAAGGAGAAGGCCUUGGGUACCGAGAACUACAAGAAGCGUAACUUUGACGAGGCUAUUGCGCACUACACUAAGGCCUGGGAGACCUUCAAGGAUAUCACUUAUCUGAACAACUUGGGAGCUGCUUAUUUCGAGAAGGGUGACUACGAUAAGGCCAUCGAGGCCUGCACCAAGGCUGUUGAGGAGGGACGUGAGAUCUACGCCGACUUCAAGCUCAUUGCCAAGAGUUACGCCCGUAUCGGUACAUCUUAUGAGCGCAAGGGAGACUUGGAGAAGGCCGUCGAGAACUACAACAAGUCCCUUACCGAGCACCGAACUCCCGAUGUCCUCAACAAGCUCCGCGCUGCUGAGCGUGCCAAGACUGAGGCUGGCAAGAAGGCCUACAUCGACCCUGCCAAGGCUGAGGAGGCUCGUGAGGAGGGUAACAAGAAGUUCAAGGAAAUGGACUUCCCUGGUGCCGUUGCUGCCUACACAGAGAUGACCAAGCGAGCUCCCGAUGACCCUCGUGGUUACAGCAACCGAGCCGCUGCCUUUGUCAAGCUCUUCGAGUUCCCCAGUGCUCUCGAGGACUGUGACACGGCCAUCAAGAAGGACCCUACCUUCAUCCGAGCUUACAUCCGCAAGGCUCAGGCCUACUUCGGCAUGCGCAAGUACUCUGAAUGUGUGGAUGCCUGUACUGAGGCCCAACGCGUUGACCAGGAGCACCACAACGGUGCUAACGCCCGCGAGAUCGAGCAACAGCAGCAGAAGGCUCUCUCGGCCAUGUACUCUGCCCGUGAUAACGAGACGGAAGAGCAGACUCGAGAGCGUCUGAUGAAGGACCCCGAGAUCAUGGGACUCAUGCAAGACCCCGUGAUGCAAUCGAUCCUCCAGCAGGCCCAGUCGGACCCCGCUGCUCUUCAGGAGCAUAUGAGAAACCCUGGUGUGCGGUCCAAGAUUCAGAAGCUGAUCGCUGCUGGCGUUAUCCGGGUGGGUAGGUAAGCGAAGGAGAUGAUGGCGACGGUGAUGGGUUACAAUAGGAAAAUUUUGCUUUUUCAGACAUGGAAUCCCCUAUCCGGAAUCUCAUGGGAAGGGGAAGGGAUCUGGAGCGUGUGUGAUUUUGAGUUGGCAGAUUACUUGACGUGUACGAAUUAAUACGGAGUACCAGGAUCAUUUGCUGGUUGCUAAUGAGAAAUGAAACUUUUGAAGCAAACUGAUACAUCUUUUUUGGGAUAUCAUAUGUGAUGUGAGAUGGUGUUCACGAAUGGUAAAUGAGAUUGGCUAUCCUAGUUGUUGGCCUCGGUGUUUCAACUAACGACACAUGGCUGGGAGUUGAUGCCGUUAUUGGACAACUGAGAGGAACUUGGUGUAGUAUUGCAUGAGUAUACUGCGAUUAUCCGUGUUCAACUCCCGAUUCUUUGUUUCUCACGACAGCGAAGACAAUGCGAAGCCUCUCCGGCGCCCAACACCAACGCCACACCGGCUCGACUAUAGGAACGAAUCCCACCAACAACUUCUUUUCAAGGGGACCGAGCAAAGCUGAAAAGAAGAGGGUGUAUAGCAACUGAACAAAUAGCUGAGAAGCGUGGAGACACUACACGUGGAGGACACGAGGUAAUGCAGGAACACGGCGAGAAGUGAACGGAACGGGAAGAGAAAGAAACGUGUCUACCACGUUUGACGGUGACAAAGAAACGAGGUUGACUUUUCACAAUAAGCAAAGUGAGAGCUAUAUUUGGCGGAGAAAAAGUUCAGAACGGGAAGAGUUGGACCCGAAGGUGGAAAAAGCAAGUUAACUCUCAAGCUAAUGAAUGUCAAGGAGAGAGGAGGGUGUGUGAGACAUGGUGAAGAAAGCUAACGGCUCGGCUUGAGGACAAAGCAAAGGAAACAGGUCGGGUCCGAGACAUUGAAAAAAGAAAC